AUGAAAGUUAUACAGAAAGCAGAGAUUGCUAUUGCCCCUCUGACAAUCACUUUGGUCCGAGAGGAGGUCAUUGACUUCUCUAAGCCCUUCAUGAGCUUGGGCAUCUCUAUAAUGAUCAAAAAGCCUCAGAAAUCUAAACCAGGAGUGUUUUCCUUCUUGGAUCCUCUGGCCUAUGAGAUUUGGAUGUGCAUAGUCUUUGCCUACAUUGGUGUCAGCGUGGUCUUAUUCCUAGUUAGCAGGUUUAGUCCAUAUGAGUGGCAUACAGAAGAGCCAGAGGAUGGAAAGGAAGGACCCAGCGACCAGCCUCCCAAUGAGUUUGGCAUCUUUAACAGCCUCUGGUUUUCCCUGGGUGCCUUUAUGCAGCAAGGAUGUGACAUUUCACCCAGAUCCCUCUCAGGUCGAAUUGUUGGAGGUGUUUGGUGGUUCUUUACACUCAUCAUUAUAUCAUCUUAUACCGCUAACCUCGCCGCUUUCCUGACGGUUGAGCGAAUGGUCUCCCCCAUAGAAAGUGCGGAAGACCUGGCCAAACAAACAGAAAUUGCCUAUGGAACACUGGAUUCAGGGUCAACCAAAGAAUUCUUCAGAAGAUCCAAAAUCGCGGUGUACGAGAAGAUGUGGACGUACAUGCGGUCGGCGGAGCCGUCGGUGUUCACGCGGACCACGGCGGAGGGCGUGGCGCGCGUGCGCAAGUCCAAGGGCAAGUUCGCCUUCCUGCUGGAGUCCACGAUGAACGAGUACAUCGAGCAGCGCAAGCCCUGCGACACCAUGAUGGGAGGAAACCUGGAUUCCAAGGGCUAUGGCGUAGCUACUCCCAAGGCUCCUCAUUAA